UUUUACGUGACGUGUCUGUUUUCGCUGACGUGUUCCUACGUCAUCAGCAGGCGCCUGCCGGUCUGCAGCUGUCUUCAGUUUUCAGCCGAUAGUUAAAAACCGAGAAAUUAAAACAAUAACCGGAAUAUUUUACCGGUCAGAAAUCCGGAGGCUCGGCGGGUCGGAGGGUCUGUUAGAGAGCAGCAGGAUCAGAAACCUGCAGCUUUAAACGGACAGCUGAGUUUCUGCCGCCACACGUGGCUCCUUCAUGUUUUUAUUAUUUUUAUAUUAAACAUUAAAAACAAACAGCGUGAAGACUGAAGCGGUUUUAAGAUGAGGAACGGCGUCCCGGACAGGUGGCUGGAUUAUAAAGCUGUGGGGAAACGACUCGCCGGGACGCGUUUCAUUGCCUUCAAAGUGCCUCUGAAGCAGUCUUUGAACAGGAAGCUGCCGAGCUCAGAUGUGUUCGGGCCGUGGGAGCUGCUGGACGCUCUGAGCCGAGAGAACCAGGAGCUGGGACUGAUCAUAGACCUGACCUACACCACCAGAUACUACAGGAUACAUGAUCUCCCAGAGUCUCUGCUGUUUGUAAAGAUCUUCACGGCGGGACACGAGGUUCCCAGUGACGUCACCAUCCUGAGCUUCAAACGAGCCGUACGCAGGUUUCUACGGGACAAUGCAGACAACGACAGGCUGAUCGGCGUCCACUGCACCCACGGUCUGAACCGCACGGGCUACCUGAUCUGCAGGUACCUGAUCGAUGUGGAUGGGAUGGAUCCUAAAGAGGCCGUGGAGCUGUUCAACUCGUCUCGCGGUCACGCGGUGGAGAGACAGAACUAUCUGGACGACCUGCAGCGGGGACCCAAGAGGAGUAAUGAGGGGAUGGAGGAGGCUGAGCAGGAGAACGAGCCAAUCAGAGGCCUCGCUUCACAUCGGCCCAGUUACACGCCGUCUGACCCCGAGAGCCGAGAGGAGAGACGGCCACACCACAGCGACUCGCCGUACCACAGAUCUUAUCCUCAGCGGGGAACAAACCACCGCUCGCAUCACCACCAUCCACGGGACAGCCUGCCUCCCACUCCACCGUUACUCUCUACAUCCGUGGGAGCACCACCGCACCCGUAUCGAUGGAUCGCACCUCAUCUAGACAGUCAGCGGAGGAGAUCCCCCCGAUCAGAGGACAGCAGGUCCAGAUAUGCUCCAUCGGAGCUCGAGAGGAGGUCCAGGUAUCCUGCACCAGAAGAGGGCAGGUCCAGGUAUCCUGCACCCCCAGAAGAGGGCAGGUCCAGGUAUCCUGCGCCAGAAGAUGGAAGGUUCAGGUAUUCUGCACCAGAAAACGGCAGGUCCAGGUAUUCUGCACCAGACGAUGGAAGGUCCAGGUAUUCUGCACCAGAAGAGGGCAGGCCCAGGUAUCCUGCACCAGAAGACGGCAGGACCAGGUAUCCUGCACCGGAAAACGGCAGGUCCAGGUAUCCUGCACCAGAAGACGGCAGGUCCAGGUAUUCUGCACCAGACGAUGGAAGGUCCAGGUAUCCUGCACCAGAAGACGGCAGGUCCAGGUAUCCUGCACAAGACGAUGGAAGGUCCAGGUAUCCUCCACCAGAAGAGGGCAGGCCCAGGUAUCCUGCACCAGAAGACGGCAGGUCUAGGUACCCUGCACCAGAAGAGGGCAGGCCCAGGUAUCCUGCACCAGAAGAGGGCAGGCCCAGGUAUCGAGAGCCGGAGAGGAGGUCAUUCCCCCGGCUGCAUGAGGACAGAAGGAGAGGUACUCCUCCUCCCGCUCCGAUCCCUCGUUACACUCCUCAAUGGGCCAACUAGUCCAACGGCUACGACAGACGUAAGGAGGAGUGGGCGGCUCCUUCCACACAGAACCUCGGCCACAGAGUCGGCUCAUACGGCAACUACUAGAGCUACACAGGACGCUGCUGCUUGUUAGCGGUGUGGUGUUUGACUUACAGCUUCAUCAGACUGCUGAGCUGCACACUUCUAUUGACAGGAAAUUAUAAAUGAAAUUCUCCUGCUCUGAUUAGUCAAUGUUAAAGACAGAGUUUACUGGAAUUACACAAAGUUUUCCCACUUAAAGGCCGACUACAUUUGUAUGUUCGUCUGGGUUUUUUAAAUUGCAACGGCCACCCAGUGACAUAUUUUACUACAACAGCAGUCCCUGUUAUCUGAGCAAAGUUUGAAAAGUAGCACAAACCAACUAACUGAAUGAGGUGGCGGUAACGUAAGAGGUAAAAUUGCAGUUUUUGCCAAUUGAGUCUGGUUUGUUUGAAGAGAUGAUAGAUAACAGCUUCAGUUCCCAUCAGAAAGAUCUUUCUGACAGCAGGUGAAGAGGAGAAAAUAUUAUAAAUAUAACACACAGUUAGGCUGAUAGUGAUUUUUUAAAAAAAGAUGUUUAUCUGCAGCCCUGCCCACAGCAGUAAUAUCACUCUCCUCACAGCCUCCAGACUCCUUUGAUAAAAAUAGUAAUUUUAGCUCACGGAAAAGAGGAAAUGUUUUCUUUUCAAAAAUCACCAAAGUGACAUCAUUAAUCAUAACCACAAACCGUAAAAACAGAAAAAUUCAUCAGCUCUUUAUAUUUCUGAUGCUUCCUGAAAGAAACGUGUGUGACAAACGCUUCCAUCAGGAAAAAUAACCAAAUCUGAGUUUAAUAUAACGAUAUUUCAUCAAAAUGUCUGGUGGUAGGACAGAAUCUUUGGGGUUCUGAGAGGUAAAAUACAAAAUAACAUUUUGACACGAAAAAUACACAAUGUUUGCAUUUAAAUACACAAAGAACACGACUGGGAAGAUACAGAAUGAUGCAAGAACUUCUUAAAAAAAUUGACUGGCCCUUUAAAAUUUAGGUUCACAUGUUUUAAAGUACAUUGAAGGAGUUUUUGAUCCUCACUAUUGGAUUAUUUUAACGUAUCUGUGUCUGAUCAGAUUUUUUUUUUUUUACUGAACUCCACAGAUCAGCAUGUGAGAGCAAAGAUCACAGUUUGUGAAUGUAAGAAAUGAUUUGAUUGUACCAGAGAUGGACUCACAGGUUUGCAGAAUUGAAAAGCUCUGAUGGAAACGGAUCCUGUCCCGACUGAGUUCAGCUGAAGUCAGAUAAAUCUGCCAACGUUACAGUAUUUAAUUCUCUCUUACCGACAACGUUUACAUGCACAAAAUAUUCCACUUUUUGCCUUUUAUUGUGAAAAAACCUACAAAGCUGUUUACGUGG